AUGGAGAAAGAAUCGACGUCAAGUACUAUUCAGCCUAGAAGUGUCAAAUUCGCGAUCGAUCGCGGCGGAACAUUCACAGAUGUUUGGGCAUCGAUACCGGGCCAGAGCGAUAUGGUUCUGAAACUGCUGUCAGUCGACCCGGGCAACUAUGGCGACGCACCGGCAGAGGGCAUUCGACGUGUCUUGGAAAUGGUGUCUGGCACAGCCAUCCCUCGGCGGUCUCCUAUUCCCAAGGACCUGGUUCGUUCUAUUCGAAUGGGCACUACUGUGGCUACUAAUGCUCUACUUGAGCGGAAAGGAACUCGACAUGCAUUUGUCGUCAAUCAAGGUUUUCGCGAUCUCCUCGAUAUCGGCUAUCAGUCCAGGCCGAAACUCUUUGACCUCGGGAUCCGCAAGCCAGAACUUCUAUACGAUGAAGUUGUCGAGAUUUCGGAACGCCUGACUGUAGAGGCAUACGAUGAGGAUGCCUUCAAGAGCAGUCGCACUCAGCCCAAAGAGUCCCCCGGCCUUUUUGUCAGGGGUAUGACCGGAGACUUGCUCCGCGUAGUCCGACCCCUCGACGAAGACGAAGUUCGUCAGAAACUAAUGAACAUCAAGUCUAAGGGCAUCGAGACAUUAGCAAUCUGUCUUGCGCAUUCCUACAUGUACCCAGAUCAUGAAAACAGAGUUGCCGAGAUUGCAAGUGAGCUUGGCUUCAGCCAUAUCUCAACAUCUUCGAGCGUCGGUGCAAACAUGAUCAAGAUGAUCUCUCGCGGCAGCUCAGCUUCGGCGGAUGCAUACCUGACGCCUGAAAUCGUACGCUAUGUUGAGGGGUUUGCGAAGCAGUUUCAAGAUGGUAAUCUCGAUAACAUUUCGUGCGAAUUCAUGCAGAGUGACGGUGGCCUCGUCAGCCACAAAGCGUUCAGUGGACUUCGCGGUAUCCUGAGUGGCCCCGCCGGUGGUGUUGUCGGCCAUGCUAGAACAUCAUAUGACGGAAAGUCCCCAAUUGUGGGCUUCGACAUGGGUGGAACAUCAACAGAUGUCAGUCGGUAUGGCGGCUCUUUGGAACAUGUCUUUGAGUCUACUACGGCUGGCGUUUCCAUCCAAAGUCCACAAUUAGACAUCAACACUGUAGCCGCCGGUGGUGGAAGCAUGCUCUUCUGGCGAGAUGGUCUUUUCAAGGUUGGGCCAGAGAGUGCGGGCGCUCACCCCGGCCCUGCUUCAUACAGGAAGGGGGGUCUUUUGACAGUGACUGAUGCGAACCUAUUUCUCGGUCGGCUCAUUCCUAGUUACUUCCCCGCUAUCUUCGGCCCGGAUGAGAACCUCCCUCUUGAUUCGGAUAUCGUGGCAAUGAAACUUGAGGAGCUCACGAAGACGAUCAACGCUGACACGGGACGCUCCAUGACACCGCACGAAGUCGCGAUAGGCUUCAUUGAGGUUGCAAACGAGUCCAUGUGUCGCCCGAUCCGUGCCCUGACUGAAGCUCGCGGGUUCGUGACAGCCGACCACAACCUGGCCACUUUUGGUGGCGCUGGAGGUCAACAUGCUUGUGAAAUCGCCGAGAAGCUAGGUAUCGGACGCAUAGUGAUCCAUAAGUACUCAAGCAUCCUGUCGGCGUAUGGUAUGGCACUUGCUGAGGUCGUGCAAGAGGCUCAAGAGCCCAGCUCUGAGAUGCUGUCUGUUGACUCUUUGCCAAGGUUGAACGACAGAUUGUCUUUCCUCAAAGAGAAGGCUACCAGUGGUCUUUUGGCACAGAACAUCAUUCAAUCAGCAAUCGAACACGAAUACUAUCUCAACUUGAGAUACAAUGGUACGGACACUAACUUCAUGAUUUCGAAGCCAGAUGACGGAGACUGGUUGGCGGCACUUGAGCGAGAACACCUACGGGAACUUUCUUUCACAUUUCCCAGAACAAAAAAAGUCCACGUUGACGAUAUCCGCGUCCGUGGAGUCGGAAAGACGGAGGAGUCCAGCAGUGACAAUGCCCGUUUGGUUGAAGAGCUCAAGUCGCUCUCUUUCAAGAGUGCCCUGAAGACCGAGGAUGGUGUUACUAACGCCUUCUUCACUGCGGGAGGACUUCAAUCCACCAAGAUCAUUCAGCUUAGCAGUCUGCAGCCAGGUGCUGUGAUCAUGGGGCCAGCGAUUGUUAUCGAUAAUACUCAGACCAUUGUUGUUGUGCCAGGGGCUGAAGCCAAGAUCCUUACUUCGCACGUGGUGAUUGAUCUCGUCGGAAAGGCUGGCAAGAGCGAUGCAUUGCAGACCACCGAGCUGGUUGUUGACCCUGUGAAAUUGAGUAUUUUUGGACAUCGCUUCAUGAGUAUUGCGGAGCAGAUGGGCCGCACGCUGCAGAAGACCAGUAUCUCGCUCAACAUCAAAGAGCGACUAGACUUCUCUUGUGCGAUCUUCAGUCCAGUCGGUGACUUGGUCGCGAAUGCACCGCAUGUACCGGUACAUCUGGGCAGCAUGAGCUACGCGGUUAAGUAUCAGCAUGAGCUGCAUCGCGGCAGUCUUCGUCCCGGUGAUGUCCUGGUUUCAAAUCAUCCUGAAGCUGGAGGAACCCACCUUCCAGAUAUCACCGUGAUCACACCAGUAUUCGACGAGGAUGGCAAAACGAUCUGUUUUUACACCGCAUCCAGAGGUCAUCACCUUGACAUUGGUGGAUCAAAAGGAAACUCAAUGCCUCCCGACUCUACAGAGCUUUGGCAAGAGGGUGCAGCCAUCAAGUCUUUCUUCUUGAUUCGUGACGGAAAGUUUGACGAAGAAGGCAUUGUCAAGAUCCUCCUCGACCCCGGACUCUUCCCUGGCUGCAGCGGCUCUCGACGACUGCCGGACAACCUUUCUGACCUCAAAGCCCAAGUAGCAGCAAACACAAAGGGUAGCGUUCUCAUUAAGGCGCUCAUGGACGAGUUCGGAAGGUCCGUUGUGCACUUCUACAUGGCAAAAAUCCAAGAAAACGCCGAAGUCUCCGUCAGAAGAUACCUAUCAUCGGCAUACAAGCGCUUCGGCUCAAAGCCACUGAAGGCUGUGGACUACCUCGACAAUGGAUCCCGGAUGCAAGUCUCCAUCACUAUUGAUGAAGCCGGCUUUGGCACCUUCGACUUCACCGGCACCUCUUGCGAGAUGCUCUCUAACAUGAAUGCGCCGCCUGCAAUCACCUACUCCGCCCUGAUCUACACUCUUCGUUUGCUGAUAGGGUCAGACAUACCGUUGAAUCAAGGUUGUCUCGCACCAACCAAAGUGAUUCUCCCGAAGAACACGUUUCUGAACCCGGGACCUCAGUCCGCCGUCUGCUGCGGCAAUACCCUCACUUCGCAACGGCUAGUUGAUCUGCUUCUCAAAGCCUUCAGAGCCGCAGCCGGAUCUCAAGGCUGCAUGAAUUGUUUUGGGUUCUUUGGAAACUCCGUUGAUCCUGGGGCUUCUUCGGGAGAAUCCAAAGAUGUCAGCUCCGGAGGCUUUGGUUUCGGCUACGGCGAAACCAUUUGUGGCGGUGAAGGCGCUGGUCCGACUUGGCACGGCGCCUCUGGCGUUCAGAUCCAUAUGACCAACACCCGGACGACGGACAUUGAGAUCAUUGAGAAGCGUUACCCGUUCCAAGGAGGCUGCGGGAUUGUGCGCGACUUUGAGUGCCGGGCUCCUCUCACGUACGGCAUCAUCUCGGAGCGUCGCGUGCACCAGCCGUACGGAAUGAUGGGCGGAGAGAACGGGGAGUCCGGUGCUAAUUACUGGGUGCAAAAGACUGAUGAUGGCGAUGAAAGGUGGAUCAGCAUCGGGCCCAGAGGUCAAGUCGACAUGAACACUGGCAAUCGAUGUGUGAUUCAUACUCCGGGAGGAGGAGGCUGGGGUAUUUCGGAUGAGCUGAGUCUCCAGGAUGAUGAGCGUAAUGGGAUGGAUAGCCUUUGGACAGGUCAGAUUGUGUAUCCUAGGGCCACAGGCAGUCUUCAUGCUUUUACUGCAGCACAAGAGGCUUCGUCUUAG